GCCCCUCCUCCGUCGCCCGCUACGACCCCUCCCUGCGCUGUGUGGUGGUACGGGCGCACCGCGACUACACCACCGGGGGACCCUCCGCGGGGGCAGCGGCGGCGGAGGGGCGGCAGCAGCCACAGCAGGGGGCGGAGAGGCAGCAGCAGCCACAGCAGCAGCAGCAGCAGGGGUGCAGGUGGGGGUUGCCGGCGGGGGGUGGGUGUUACCCCGGUGAGGCGGUGCUGUGUGACUCGCACGGCCCGCACCUGUCCCCCGCGGAGCUCAUGUUGGAGUACGGCAUUGCAGCGGAGGAGGAGGAGGAGGAGGAGCGGGAGGGGCAGGAGCAGCAGGAGGGAGGAGUAGGGAGCAGUAGUGGCGGCGGGUGGCGGCGGGGGCGGCUGCGACAUCGGUUCGAUGCAGAUGCGGCGGAAGUGGUGCCCCCUCGCUCCUCGCGCAAUGCCGCACUGCUGCGAGCCCUCUCCGCUGCCAUGGGGCCGGCAGCAGGGGCGGCGGGAGAUGACACAACCUCGGGAGGCAGUAGCAGUGGUAGCAGUAGCGGGCUGGGUAUAUCGUUCCUGGAGGGAGGUCCGGACGGCCCCUCUCGGGCACUGCUGAGGGCGGCGAGGGCGACGGAUGCGGAGCUGGUCCGGGCAGGCUGGCGCAUCCGGGCUACCGAGUCCGACACCGAGCUAGCUUGCCGCGUCAUGGCAACCCUGGGAAACACCAACACCACAACCACUUCCUCAGCCUCCUUAUCCUCCUCCUCCUCCUCCUCUUCCACUGCCGCCCGAAGUGGCAACAGCAAAGAUCGCAAUAACACCCGCAGCAGCAGCCUCAGCCCAGCCGCCGGUGGCAACCGCAGCACGGCUGCUACCGCUGCUGCCACUGCUGGUCCGGUGGGUGUUGCCACGGAGGCCGCAGCUCUGCGGGCGGCGGCGGACUACCUGCGCCGGGCGCUAGAGGCCUUCCCCACCCCGCUAGAGGAGGACUUGGCGAGGCUGGCAGCAGUGGGGGGAGUAGAGGGUGCUGAGCGGCUGGCGUUGGUGGCUGUGGCGAGUCAGAAGCGCGCGCUGCUGGGCAGCCAGGCGGCGGUGGCGGGAUGGCUGGAGAGGCUGGAUGGCGGCUGCCCGGUAGCUGAGCUGUACGAGGAUGAAGAAGAGGAUGAGUAUGAGGACGAGGAUGAGGAGUAUGGCGAUGAAGAGGGAGGUUACGAGGAGGAAGACGUAUAGCUAUAGAAGCAAGUCAGCGGCAUGGGCAAAAAAGCGGUGAAAUGUCUGGAGCUGUAGUGACAGUUCUGAGCACUGGCUGGUGGGUCUAUGCAUAACUUUAAAUCGGGUUAAUGAUUUUCAUAGCUCGGGUAGGCCUUGAGUAUGUACGCAGCCCAGGGGCAAAUGCUAUAGUCGGCCCAUGGUUCGCCUGAAAAUGUUUUGAGGCCUUCUAAAUAUCACUUUAAUGAUAACUAACAUAGCUCUCAUAAGGGUGACAAAAGGAGUGCAAUUUUGACUCCUGCGCUCCACAAAAGGAGUGCAAUUUUGACUCCUGCGCUCCCUGGAAGGGAGGAGAUAGAUGGCUUCGGAGCACCGCGGCGCCUUAGACCAGAUCAUUGACUGGCUUAGAAGAGGUGAUAAGUACGUAUGUACACAUAUAUCAAGCCUCCCUUCGGUCAGGUGAGAAGGCGAAAUCUGCUGGGCACGCAUGGCAUAAUUUUGUGUUUUUGCGAAAGCAGGACAGUGAAAGGUAAAUGGAUGAGUCAAACAAAUGUUCCAGGGCGCUCAGCUCAAUUAUGUGCAGGCAAGGAAGAUGGAUUAAAUUGUUCGGUUUGUGUAUUUUGCCGUUCCUGACACUCGGACGGACUUACGGGCACAUGGACGUGGGCAUCGUCCCCCCAAGCCUGUUCGCGACGGGGCACCGCGACCGGGGCACCACGACGGGGGCUCCGCCUAAAAAAGCCUUGGUGCAUGGCUGCGAAGCGCCCCGGCUGGGGAAGUUCAAUUGCACCCCGCUUCAGCUGUAUCACACACCGCCCCGCCUGGGCGACACCCCCUCCUCCUCCCCCCGAUCCCGGCUGGGGUGCAUGGGUGUGGGAAUGCCUGCAUGUGUGAGAGCCAGCAAUGAGGCAAAGCGGUGAUGUCUGCAUGUAUGGGUGGCACAGAUUGCAUUUGAUGUGAAUGGUGGCAUCAUUUGCAAGGGGAGUGCAGGAACAAUGGGCUACCGGUAUUGUUGCAGACGUGCCGCUUACCCUCGUGACGCCUGAGCUCGGGCAGGGUGGG